UUCCUCCCUUGGCAAAUGAAUGGCACACCACUCUUCACGCACCUCUGCUCCCCUCUGUUGGUUUCCAUCAGAAAGAAGGAAACAAGUUUCUCUGCGUCUCCGAUCUGCAGUGCGAGCCACGAAGGUUGGCGUCGUCUCCUCCUCCCUCUCCUCCUCGCGCGCGGCUGCCGUCGAGAAGACGCUCGGCCUCCCUUGUGCGGCCUCACCUCCUCGCGCUGAAUCCCCUACUCCCCGUGUUAGAUUUGACCUUCAUAAUCCAAAAGAAGAGGUUUUAGUUCAAGCGAACGAUAAUGGGGAUAUCCAAGGUGAUUGGCAUCGCUGGAACAACUCUUCUAGUCACGUCUGUUGGUCUGUGGAAGAUCGGCUUAAGAAUUGUCGCGGUUCCUUUUCUAGCAACCAGUACUAUUGCCUAUAUCAUCGCUGUUGCAUCCCACAAUUCCAUCAACAUACCUUGGAUCUUGGGAAAGAAUUCAAAGGGGAGGUUUCCAAUUUGGUCAAGUGUACUUUUUGGUCCUUUCUUGAUACUUGCCCGGGUAUAUGCAACUGUGAAGAGACAUAUGAGGAAGAAGGAGGCUGUGUAUAACAUGAUCACUGAAGGUGUUUAUCUGGGAGGAUGGCCGUUUAUGUUGAAGCAUUUGCCCCCAGGAGACCCGUCUGUUAUUGAUUGCACUUGCGAGUUGCCAAGAAGUGAUUUUGUCCCAACAAAUGAGUAUCUUUGUGUUCCUACUUGGGAUACAAGAGCCCCGACGAUAUCCCAAAUUGAAUUUGCGGCAUGCUGGGCAUGUGAAAAGAGAGCCAAAGGAAAACCAGUUUAUGUACAUUGUGCAUUUGGUCAUGGAAGAAGCGCUUGUGUCGUGUGUGCAGUUCUAGUAGCAUUGGGCAUUGCUGAAAACUGGAAGGAUGCAGAAAACAUCAUCCGAGAAAAAAGAAAGAUAAAAAUGAAUGCUGUUCACCGGAAAACCUUAGACGAUUGGUCAAAAUAUAGAGCUUCUCAGAAGAAGGAUAAAUAACUGACAUUAAAUCAUUUGACAUCUCAGGCAAAUUACCAUGUGAGUUCUAUGCAAUCUGGGUUCUGAGAAAUCUUCCUAGUUCUGGAGCUUGCAUUGUUUCCCAGCUCAUAUCAGUGUUUCCCACACGUGUCAGAUUACUUCCAAAAUUUGUUCCCAGUUUUGCUUACUUCUGCUCCUAUCUGAAGGUUAGUCUUCAAAGUCCUUGUAAAUCAGAAAGCUGAAAAUUGGCUUUCAGAUGGUUGUGCUGCUAUGCUUAGCUCUCCACAGUUGCCUUCAUCUGCCACCAAUAUCCUACAGGCAAAUAAGGCUCCAGCUAUAAAUAUAUGAUGGAUGCGUCCAGAUAAAUAGCACUACAGCUGCUGUCCUAUUAUUCUUUUAGACUUUUAUAGAAUUUAGUUAGUUGGCUGAAAGCCUGAAAUAGUUGAAACAUGCAUAGAAAGGGACAAAAUCCAUAUCUAGCCCUUAUUUUGUACACCUUCACAUCAUUGUAUUUUAUCAUAAUCUUUUUUAGGAUAAGGGACUACCACUAGUUUAUUGGUGUAAUGACCUUCAAAAUUAUGAUAAAAUAAAGUGCAUGCAGUAUGCAUGAUGUGCAAAAAAAAGUUUGCUAGCUUUUGACUACCUCCAGUAGGAGGCUGGUCCAUUCCAUGCUGAUUUAAUAGGGUGCAUUCCUUAUAUUUUUUUGUCUAGUAAAUAAUGGUUCAGUUAUAUGUACUUCGAACUUUCCAAUCAGAGAUUAAACCUUCAACAACUACAGGUAGGAGGCUUAUCAUAAAAUAAAGAAAGGAAAAGAAUUAAUUGCAGGUAGGACUAGAGCAUGGUGCUUACUCUCGGGGACGAGAAGCCCAGAGGGAGCUGAGGGCACGGAGGCGAUUAUGGUACUCGCCAAUUGCCAAGAAACAUCGAGCUGCCUGCCUAAUUGUCAGAAUUCUGUGCAUCUGAUGAAGAGUCUGUUGCCUCAAGUUAUCAGCCUGGAAAUCCAAUUUGACAGUUGCAGUUUUAGUACAUGAUGAAAGGAUCUCACUCUUGGCACUAGAAAAUUGAAAACUAGAGCAGAUACUGGUAGUAAGUUUGUUUUACUAUGCCAUACUAUAGUUAAUCAGAUAAGCUCCAAAGUCCAAAAUAAGGAUAAUGUCACAUGUUUAGGUGACCAUUCUUUUCUUUGUAUGAUGUAGAGAUAACAUCUCUACAUGUUGAUGCCAUAGCAUAUUACUGUAGGAAAAUUUGUUCCUUUUCACUCUUUAUUAAUUAACAUGUUGGCAUGUCGCAUUAUUAAAAGGAUAAAAAUGACUGUUUUUUUGCUCGACUGUCAAGUGAUUGGAUUGCUCAUCUAGACAUCCACAAAGUUGAGUCAAACAGGGAGAGAAGGAUCAGAACUGGAAAAAGGGCAGGCAACAAGGACUUCACCUGUAUGACAAAGCCUUCAAGGUUGGACAGCUUGCCCAGGGCAAGGGCCAUGUAACCCAUGAAGCUCCCAAGGCUGGCUUCGUUGACCACGGAGCCGCCAUUGGCGACGGUCUCAGCUAGUGACUGAUGCAGCUGCUCCAGGCCCUGGGAGAGAGCUUCCUCUGCCUGCUGCGAUGAUUGCUGAAGGCUGCAGAUGCCAACCACUUGCUGUUCAGUCAGAGGGUCUAGCUGGGGUGCCACUGUCUGCAUCAACAUCAAGAGUUUGUAAUGAAAUUAGAAAAACCAUACUUGUACUUAGAAGAUGAGGUCAGAUUUAGCAUGGUUAAAACUUGAUUUGGCAAAUUGUUUUGCACAUUGUGAACUGUGAAGUGAGCUUCAUGUUUGAUGUCAGAUUGUCAGGUGCAUUUUCUUAUGAAAACUAGCCUAGCUUUAACUUA